AUGGCCAUGCGGAGUAUACAUCGCUUCUCGGCGAAUGAGUACACACCGUUGAUACGGGACCAGAUGCCGGCGACGCGGCGGAUGGUUGCGCAGUCCCCUUCCUCUCCCAUCUACUCCCCAAACGAGUCGGACGUGACUAUUCGCGCGUCUGAUCAUCGCUCGUCUACGCCGUCGACACCCCGCGUCCGCAUCAUCCCCCCAACACCACUCGAGGAGCCCGCGGGACUCCCCGACGAACCCCAUUAUCCCUACGAGCCAGAGGAGGAGGUUGUGCGCGGUGGAGGGUGGUGGAGCGCAGUGGUGGGGUGGGCGGGGUUGGCUUGUUUCCUGCCCAUCAAGCUGUGUGUCUAUGCGAGUCGGGCGAGUCGGAGCGAGACGGUUGCGAGUCGAGUGGCAUAG